GAACUGUCCAAAAGAAUCGGCAACUAUUCCACUGGUGUUCAAAGUAAGUUACAGUAGUUUAAGGGUUGUGUGUAAGAGAAGGUGGUAUAGCCCACAACCACUCACACUCUGAUGAAUCCAAACUAUAGAGAUGAGAUGGUCAGCCUUGUAGGACUUCAAAAUUAGUUGAGCCAUAGACUUGUGAUCACUUGCUUUGCAUUUUAAAAAGAUGUGAAUUGUAUACAAGUGAAACAUUAUGAGAAAGCAGUUUAACCUCAUUAAAAGUCAGAGGGAGGACACUGGGGUUGGCAGCCUGAUACCUUGGGUUGCCAUACUGAAACUCUCUGGAUAAAGCUAGUAAGGUUUCAAAAUAUUUCCUCCUCCAGUUAUUGUAGCAAUUGCUGAAGCUCUAGUUUCAAGCAAUCCAAAUUACACUGUGCAACUUUGCAAUAUGUUUCUUCCAGUUAGGUGACUUUGGACAAAAUCACAAACUGUAUGAAUUUCAAUGUCCUCAAGCAAAAGAUGUCAGGCUUCUGCUUUCCAUACAGUCCAGAAAGGAGAUGCUAUCCUGUGAUGUAUUCUUGUCUGGCCCUUUGCCUCCGCAUUGAAGUCUAGGUGAUUGUUCACGGCCUCAGCUUGCACAGCUAGCAGCAAAACGAGACAAUGCCUGAAGCACUGGAGCCACCACUGUAGUGGACCCCCAUUAUUUCGUUAUUUCCUACAGAGAAGAAUUUUUUUUUUCGAAUUCAAUAUAAAACUACUCUUACAAGAACAGGGGUUGCAAAAAGUCUGCCGUGACUUAGUGACGAUGACCACUCAUCACAAAAUAGGACGAACUUUGGUUAUUUUAGCUCAGGAGUGGGAAGUAGAAGUCCAGCAGGAUGGAUAUAGAAACUGUAGUUUUGACCCAAAAGAACUGCCCAGGCCUUCUGCAUCCUCGGCUCUUCCCAGUGUCACUUUCUCAUGAAAUGCAGCAUAAAAAUUAAACUGCAGCUAAUUCUACAACUUGAAAAAUGAAUGCAUAAAAUCGUUCUGAAAGAGGCAUUAGGUUCUUCUUCCCUGAUUUUUUCCAACGAGCGUUACUGAAACAGAUCAACUUAAUUUGUCUUCUGCAGAGUUUCCACUGCGUCAGUCCUGGGGUUCAGUAGCGUGGGGAUGUUCGUGUUUGGAUGCAUCGGCUGGUUAGGCUCUGUACAGGGCAGAGCCCUGUUCCUCUGUUCCUCCUCGCUAACCGAGGUACCCAAGGGGGCAUUGUUUGAUCAUUGUGACGACACAGGUGAUUUGCAGGCAGCUUUCUUGACUGCCCGGGGGCACCUCAGGACCUUGUUGUUACGUUUUGUUUUUUUUUUUUCUAAUAACCUCACCAAGCAAGCAUCUUCUAAACACUGCAGGACUGGAAAAGCAUCCUGACGUCUCUGCCGCGCCAUCUCACCACUUCCGGUUUAGGAGCUGAUACUUUGAAAUCCUCUUCCAGUUUAGGUUCUGAUACUUUAGAAACAUGCUAAAUAGUGGAAAGGAGAGAAUGCUUAAAUUUCACCAAGUGAAACAUAUUUUUGAUAUACUAGAUAAAAUGCGAUGCCUGCGAAAACGUUCUACAGUCUCAUUCUUGGGAGUUCUUGUCAUUUUCCUUCUGUUUAUGAACUUGUACAUUGAAGAUAGCUAUGUUAUGGAAGGAGACAAACAGAUUUUAAGGGAAACAUCUACACAUCAGCUGAGUCCAGAACACUACAUGCAUACUUUCAAAGAUUUGUCUAAUUUCUCAGGAGCCCUCAAUGUCACCUAUCGCUACUUAGCUGUCAUGCCUUUACAAAGAAAGCGAUUUCUUACAAUUGGACUUUCAUCAGUGAGACGAAAAAAAGGAAGCUAUUUACUUGAGACAAUCAAGUCAAUUUUUGAGCAAUCCAGCUAUGAAGAAUUGAAGGAAAUUUCAGUGGUGGUUCAUCUAGCUGACUUUAACUCAUCCUGGCGUGAGGUCAUGCUGCAAGAUAUUACGCAGAAAUUUGCCCACCAUAUUAUUGCUGGAAGGUUAAUGGUUAUACAUGCUCCAGAGGAAUAUUACCCAAUCCUGAGUGGCCUUAAAAGAAAUUACAAUGAUCCAGAAGAUAGAGUCAGAUUCCGUUCCAAGCAAAAUGUAGAUUAUGCUUUUUUGCUCAACUUUUGUGCCAAUAUUUCAUAUUAUUAUGUAAUGCUUGAAGAUGAUGUUCGUUGUUCAAAAAAUUUCUUAACUGCCAUCAAGAAAGUCAUUGCAUCCUUAGAAGGAACUUACUGGGUAACCCUUGAGUUCUCUAAGCUUGGCUAUAUUGGAAAACUUUAUCAUUCUCAUGAUCUCCCACGCUUGGCACAUUUUUUAUUAAUGUUUUAUCAAGAAAUGCCUUGUGAUUGGCUAUUGACUCAUUUCCGGAGUCUGUUAGCUCAGAAAAAUGUGAUUCGUUUUAAACCAUCUCUCUUUCAGCACAUGGGUUAUUAUUCAUCAUAUAAAGGAACUGAGAACAAGUUGAAGGAUGAUGACUUUGAAGAGGAGCCAUUUGAGCUCCCAGAUAACCCUCCUGCAAGUCUAUACACCAACAUGAGUGUUUUUGAAAAUUAUGAUGCAAGCAAAGCUUACAGUAGUGUUGAUGACUACUUCUGGGGGAAACCGCCUUCAACAGGAGAUGUCUUUGUGAUUAUAUUUGAAAAGCCAAUUGUAAUCAAAAGAAUUAAAGUGAAUACUGGAACAGAAGAUCGACAAAAUGAUAUUUUGCAUCAUGGAGCCCUAGAUGUUGGGGAGAAUAUUAGAUAUUUUAAACAAAAUAGACAAUGUAUUACUUAUAUUAGACUAGGAGAAUUCAGAAAUGGAAACUUUGAAGUAUCUGAUGUAAAUCAAAAAAUUCCAUUUGAUAUACACUGUAUGAGGAUAUAUGUUACCAAAACACAAAAGGAAUGGCUGAUUAUUAGGAGUAUUAGCAUUUGGACUUCUUAGCCAAUUAAAUCAAUGUGUCCAGUUACUGAA